AUGACUCUGAACUUAACAAAACUUUGCUGAUCGAGGGUUUAGUGCAUCCGGAAAGAAACAUUAAUAAAGUAGCAUCAGUUUUCUGUUAGAUCGUAGUUUGAGUUAGACGCAUAGCCUGGUGUGACAUGUGUCGGUUUUAUUUAAAAUAGCUGCGGUUUGAAGAAGUGUAGACGGGACUAGUUUUCUCGGCGGAGUAGACCCACAGCGCAACGGACUACCGGUGCACACAGUUCACUGCUGAGCUCGAGCCAGGCACAGAGAGUGCACUAGAACUGCAGCGUUAAACUCCGGGAUGCUUCUGUGUCACUUUAAUAAACUAACUACUAUUUCUGUUUUGCUAAACUAAACGUGUUCACCAUCAUUGCCAAUUGAGCCGUUUGAAGAGCAGCUGUCCCUCCGUGUUUUUUGGGGUUUUUUUUGUGUGUUUGUGGCCCAACGGUCGGACUUCUCGACACUGGAAGGACUUAACUGAACUCCAAAAGAUGUCAAUUCUGCCUUUCACUCCCCCCAUUGUCAAAAGACUUUUGGGCUGGAAGAAGGGAGAGCAGAACGGCCAGGAGGAGAAAUGGUGUGAAAAAGCGGUGAAAAGUCUGGUGAAGAAGCUGAAGAAGACGGGACAACUGGACGAACUGGAGAAAGCCAUCACCACCCAGAAUAUCAACACAAAAUGCAUCACUAUACCGAGGUCUCUGGAUGGCCGCCUGCAGGUUUCCCACAGAAAAGGUCUGCCCCACGUUAUCUAUUGUCGUCUAUGGCGCUGGCCAGACCUGCAGUCCCACCAUGAGCUGCGGGCGGUGGAGCUGUGCGAGUACGCCUUCCACACAAAGAAGGACGAGGUGUGCGUCAACCCCUAUCACUACCAGAGGGUAGAGACGCCAGUACUCCCUCCAGUGCUGGUGCCCAGACACACAGAAAUUCCCAGCGAGUUCCCACCUCUGGAUGACUACAGCCAUUCAAUCCCAGAAAACACCAACUUCCCCGCUGGCAUUGAGCCCCAGAGCAACUACAUACCAGAAACGCCACCACCAGGCUACCUCAGUGAGGAUGGCGAGACCAGCGAUCACCAGAUGACCCACAGCAUGGACACAGGCUCCCCAAACCUGUCACCAAACCCUGUUUCACCCACACACAGCAACUUAGAUCUUCAACCAGUGACAUACUGUGAGCCGGCUUUUUGGUGCUCUAUUUCCUACUACGAGCUGAAUCAGCGGGUAGGAGAGACCUUCCACGCCUCGCAGCCCUCGCUGACAGUGGACGGUUUUACGGACCCCUCCAACUCAGAGCGUUUCUGCCUGGGCUUGUUGUCCAACGUCAACCGCAAUGCAGCUGUCGAGUUAACACGCAGACACAUUGGACGCGGUGUGCGACUGUACUACAUUGGAGGAGAAGUGUUCGCUGAGUGUCUCAGUGACAGCGCCAUUUUUGUCCAGAGCCCCAACUGUAACCAGCGCUACGGCUGGCACCCCGCCACAGUCUGCAAGAUCCCUCCAGGCUGUAACCUAAAGAUCUUCAACAACCAGGAGUUUGCUGCCCUUCUGGCCCAGUCAGUCAACCAGGGGUUCGAGGCCGUCUACCAACUCACCAGGAUGUGCACCAUCCGCAUGAGCUUCGUCAAGGGUUGGGGAGCCGAGUACAGGCGACAGACGGUGACCAGCACCCCCUGCUGGAUCGAGCUGCACCUGAACGGCCCCCUGCAGUGGCUCGACAAGGUGCUCACGCAAAUGGGCUCCCCCAGCAUCCGCUGCUCCAGCGUCUCCUAGGGAAAACCCUUCAUUCAUCCAGCCACAUCCUGUACACCACAUCUUCUGUCAGUGACUAAAAACACAGACUGCACGCAGAUGAGAACGGUUACACAAGUACAGAACGAUGACGAGCCCCCCCACCCCACCCUUCCCCUUCUUUCAGCCAAUCCUCAAUCUAUUACUUUGUCCUUCCUCCCCACCAGCUGUCAGUAGCACUUUUUAUAUACAUGUUGUUUGUGGCAAAAGGGGACAAGUGCAUUAAUGCAGUACAACGUUAGUAUGAUCUCCACUUUUUGUCCAUAAUUAUUUUGAUGGAAAUUUUUACCUUUGAUAUGUUUGGCAACCACAGUAAGUGCCAGAAAGGCUGUAACAAUGGGAGGAGGGUUUUUUUUUCAAUUAAGAGAUUCUUAUUUUCUUCAUUAUUUUGUUGAAAAACUCAUUUUUCAUGAUUUUCAUGUUUUUGUACAGACGUUAAAGUGAACAGUGGAAUUUUUAAAAAAAAAAAAGAAUUUAAUUUUUUAAGCAUUAAUAACAAUUUUGUAAAGCAUGUGUAAGAUCAUGUUAAAUGCAUUUCACUUGACUUUGUUUCUGUAUUUGGGCAUUUGAUAGGUUAUGAAGACAUUUACAAAUGUGACCCAGUGAGAUGGAUUGAAAACACAUAAUUUCAUGGAAAUGUUCAACCAGCAUUUGUAAACACUGUGUGAAGAAAUAUACUGUAAGCCUAGUAAUGAUACUGGUUUAGGGCUUCAUACUGUCAACUUACACAGCUUUUGUUAUGACAUGGUGUUUAACUGCAUGUGCUUGUUUGGAAGGAAACAAAUUAUAAAGAAAGCAGCGGGUUAGUCUUCAAAUUAAACUUUUGCCCCAUCUGAGAGCUGUAAACUGUAUACAGAGCAGAGUCAACAGCAGCUGAGUCUCUUCUAGAAGUCGUAUGUGAUACAACUUGUCAGCCAACUCUUUGUAUAAUUACUAAAAUAAUCAGUGGUCAUUCCCCCUUCCUAAAUGUGGUCCGUCUUGUUGUAAUCAGUCCAAAUCUCCUGCCUGCAUGUAGCUGUGUUUGGGCAGUAGAUUUGACUCACUGACAAGCCGUCUAAUGCUUCAGAGUAGAGCAGAAAGGAGUAACAAAUAUUAAAAACCCGUAAAUUAGUACUUAAAGACAUUGGCAUACAUCAAAUGCACUUUUGUUAAAUAAUAUUCUAGUAAAGCGAUGUUGAGAAAGUACAUUCAACCGCAGUUAGUCUGCUACUCAGAGUGAAAUUUAUAUCCUGCACCAUGUACAGGAAAGCUUUGCCAAUUUGCAAAAUACUUUUUCAACUUUGUGUUGUGUAAAAGGCAGCGUAUUCUCAGAACUUGAAAACAUCUCACACGCUAUUCUGCACAUUUCUACAAAUUUACAAACUGAGGAGACAACAUACAGCAGUUUGCAUACUUGUGACUGAUACGAGCACUCUGCCGAAGGCUUUGAAGUGUGAAGAGAGCAGGAAGAUGCUUUUUGCUAUUUUCAUUUUCUCUCUCAGCAGCCCAUAACAUUGGUCUCAUCUUUAGCCAUCAGUGAUAUUGACUUUUUGCACACUCAGGACUGUAAAAAAAAAAAAAAUGCAGCAGAAUUAUGUACAGAAACAGUGAAAAGGACAGAUGCAUGACUCUUGAGACUUUAAAGUCUAUUUUGCUACCAAUUAUUUUUGUAGGACAAUAAGGUGAUAAAUGUUUUGGUUUUUUUUUCCGCUCCAAGUGUUUUUGCAUGACAAGACAGAAAUACUGCUGGCAGGUUUGUGGAUUAACAACCUUGUAUUUUUCUACCUGUAAAGAUGAGGCAGUUUCAGUACAAAGCACAGCUUUUUACAAAGGGAAAUGUUUAGAUAGAUAGAGGCAUGUAAAUAACAGUAGCUCCUCAGAAUCUGAUGUCCCUAUGUUUUUAGGUUAAAGUACAUGUAGUAUAUACAUGUUAUUAUGUGACCAUUAACCUUUAUAAUGUUGAUGGUUUUGCCAGCAGGAGAAGUAAAAAAAACAAAACGUGAGUUAAAUUUGGGGAAGAGCUAAUGCUGAAAUAGAGAAGCAUAGUCUUAGCUUUGGUCCCGUUUCCUCUCAGUCACCUGCUGUGUUGCAGGUGGUUGGAUUUCCUUCUGGUUCCAAAACACUAGACAAAGACACAGUGGGUGAACAUGGACAACAUUUGAAUCCUUUUACAGUACUUAUUUACAUUAACUCAGCGUUUGAUGUUAAUACCAGCCCGGUGGUGCUAAUAUUUAACAUUUGUUGGGACUCAUGAGAACUGCAAAGCCAUGUGAUUUUACUCUUAAAGCUGGCAGAUUUUGAUCUCUUCAAAUGAUGAUGACUUUUAAACUGUCAAAUUACGAUUGUUUCAGAAACAGUAGCAUCUAUCAAUCUGAGACAAGAAAGCUCUGUGUGGAGCUUCUAGUGUCCUUGAAUGCAGCAGUCCUAAUCCUAAUGGGCUCUUUAACCCCAUGGUCAAUGUAAUUACCCAAUAGGGAAUAUUUUACAAGCAAAUUGUCAUUUUUAUACACUCUUCAAGUAAUAGUGCUUGUGUGUGUUUUUCCCCCUUUGUUUAAAUUGUUCACUGUAAUCGUUAUUAGUUGUGAUUUAUGCUUUUGUGCUCUGAAUUGGUCUUUUUAGAUGUCUUGUAUAAAAUUAUAUCCUUUAUUUUUCUCUGCCUAUAAAAAGUUGAUGUGAUGCUUUA